CUAUGGAAGAGGCGAGUGCUUCAGCUGCUUGUAGCAACAUUACAGGAGGGGGCUAUAGAGGUCUGGUCUGAAGCAUUUUGUAUAGAGAGAAGGAGAAAUGUUUGUCACAGUGCAGUUUGGAGAGGCCCAAACAGAAUUGUUUAACCUGAACUGCAGGAUGCUAAACUUCAUCCACAGUUUGAAGGAGAGGUGUGAUCUGGAUCCUCAAGACUGUGUGGACUUGAUGGACAGGACAGGGGAGCUGGUGAACCUGAGUGACAAGAAGGAGAGCAUGGAGCAGGCCAGCAGUCUGAUGAAGAAGAGGCACAGCUACGUUCUCAUACGCAUCUGCAAAGGUGACGGGACUGAAGGGCAGAAGUAUGUGCCACUCUUAAAUGACCUGGACAAGAGCCAUCCUGAGUUAGCAGAGGUCCUAAAGAAGCUGUCCAACCCCUGUAAGGAGCGGGACAGAAAGGCUGUUCCGUCAAGGAAAGGCUCUGUUAACCAGACCUGGAGCAAGGCCACCGCUGGAAACAAGAAGAGCCAUUCUGGAAAACUUUGACUAUGAUGAGAGGAGAGGAAGAAAGGUGAAAUGGUGGUGAUGGACAUGCAUGAAUAAAACGAUGUGAUCCACAUACUAAUACAGUAAAUGUAUUGGUGCUGUGGUACUAUUCACUCCGAUUCUUUUUUAACAAAGGUACAUUUAGGUUGAUAAAUUAACAUUCCAACAUAUCCCAACAGGUAAUGUAAGAAUGUUGCAUGUCUGCUGUGCAUACUAGAGGCUGGUAUAGGUCCAGAAACGUUUUGUACUCAUAUAGGACUAUGUGUGAGAGUUGGGCUAUAUGGACCACUUAUUAAAUGCAUAAAUCUACUUAUCCAUGUAUUCACAACAAUUAAUGAAGUUAAAAUAAAAUAGAACAAUUGUUGAACAACUAGUAAAGGUAUACCACAUCGUUUUCUAUACAAUACAAGCUUUGUCUAUACUGUACCUGACCUGUCAUAGACUUCCUAACUGUAGUCAGUGUAAAGCGUGACUCAUCAUCUUCGUGAUGAUAUAUGACAGAAAAACGUGAUAGAAUCGGACAGGUUGCAUAAACAUAGUCAUAAUAAAAAUAUGACUAUGUUUAUUUUGCCCAAUAGACGACGGGGCGGGCUCACUGGGCUAUCGGGUUCACUAACAGAAGCACAAGGUUUGGACAGUGGAACUUGUACAGAAGGAGCCUCACAAUGCCGGGGUCUGAGUUUGAAUCUUUGGAGAAGAUACUGGAGACACAUAUUCCAGAUGAGGAAUUGAAAGAAGUGAAACGAAUCUUUUUUGGAAAAGAAACCAAGUGAGUUGUUGUUGAAUUCUGCACUCGGCCCUAUCAGGCUGCAGAAGUCUCCUUGUCUGUAUGCUGAGCCUGGUCUCAUAGACUAGACGUAACAUAGUAAAAGUAAAUCCAGGGCAUGCAAAUUAGUAUGAUAUGUAAAGUUUGGUACGGUUACAUGAGACAGAAGGUUACUUAAGGCAAAAACAAAAGGAGAGUGGUUGGUCGGGGUGGAUGGGUGAGCGCAGAGCAUAAUUUGAGACGGAUCCUGCCAGAACAGGAUCCUGCACCUCUCCGUUUUGGACUGUUUCAUUCCGUAAUCCCAUUUGUCAAGAUCUGGUAUCUCUAUUGCCAUAAAAAAUAAUUGUCAGUUUGCAAUGUAAAAAUUAUAAUAAAAGCAAUCAGAGUUCAUUCAAGUUGCCUCCUCCGUAAUUCUCCUGCCCCUUAAAAACGUAAUGUGAAAAAGUGUCUGAUAUUCCACGAAUUGAUUUGAGUCGGGCCGGCCCGGGUUUAUCGUUUGCGAAACAUGUAGCCUAUAGACCAAUGCGUGGCCUUUGCUGUGGUGAGAGAGAAGCACACCUGUAUCUCUCACAUAACUUUUUAUGAUCUCUGUCCCUCUCUCUGCUCUGAUGAACACGAGCCUGCAACUCUCAUCUCUCCAGCAUUACAGUUUCAUAAUUUAUUUCCUUAUAGAAUCAUAGCCGCAGGAAGGGAGCUGGAUGUAUCCCAGCACCCCUGAUACAUUUAAACACUUUUUCCAAAGUUAUAGAAUUACUGCUGCCUGUUCAAAAGUAAGUGAAAUAAUUCAUAAGACUACUCCACGAGUAGGCCUAUAAUUUAGCCACAGAGGAUCAAUAGCUUAUUUUAUAUUUUUGCCUCGCUGUUGAUUGUGUGUAGCCCAAUCACAAUCGCCUACAGCUGGGAACGUGCAGAAAAUUGUUCAGUGAACAGAACGUAGCUAAAACAGGCCUUUCCCAAUAUUUGAAAUACAAUCACCGGAAAACACAAAUUGGAAAGUAAAUGGCUCCUGUUGAAAAGAAGCUUGCCACACCUGUACAAAAUGUGGAAAACAACACAGUGAAAGAAAUGACAGGAUAGCGUGUGCCCCAAACCAUCACAGCACAAUUGCUCCACUGUCUGUAUGUCCCCUGUAUACCUACUGUGCAAGUUAAGGUGAUAGAAGAUGGACUAAAUUACAAUACAUAAAAGUUCAAGUUUAAACCGUCCCUUUGUAGUAGACAGAAAAUGAGAUGUCUUGUAUUCUACUCAACUCAUGACUUUUUUUUACAGUUCAUAUUUCAAUUCCAUACAUUGUUGAUAUAUCCCUUUCCCACCCCCUCC